ACUAGUCUAUGCUGAGGCUGUCAACCUGACAUGAUUCUGUGUUCUGACAGCAUUUAACCGCUAUUUGCACUAUUAGUGUUAUUGUAAUGUCAACAAUUAGCAAUAUUCAUUUUUAAAAGUAGAAGUUGAUAUAUUUAUCAUCUCGAAGCUAUUUUUUAUUCGAACGUUAACAAAACAGGCCAAAAUGAACACUGGAAGAAAGGACGGCGGGCCCGGAUAUGUUGGUAUACAGUUCUGUCAAGAGUGCAACAACAUGCUUUACCCGCGAGAAGACAAAAACAACAAAGUUCUUAUGUACGCUUGCAGAAAUUGUGAUUAUAAACAAUUAGCCGAUUCAAACUGCGUUUAUGUAAACAAAAUUAUGCACGAAGUAGACGAAUUAACUCAUAUAAAUCCUGACGUAGUCAGCGACCCCACUUUACCCCGCACGAAGGAUCACAUGUGCCCGAAAUGCAACCACAGGGAAGCGGUAUUCUUCCAGGGUCAAACGAGACGUGCUGAAGAGGAAAUGAGACUCUACUACGUAUGUACUAGCUGUAAACACAGGUGGACUGAGUGAGUCUUGCUGCUGUUCGUGGGACUUGAUCAGAAGAAUAAGAACCAUAUUGAAUGUAUCGGGAGACGGUGUUUAUUCAUUUUUCCUACUAAGGUAUUAAUUAGUAUGGUUUAAUUCCUUGAUUAUUAUUAACUUCACUGUUGUAAUAUAAUAACAUAUAAAAUUGGGAAUAUUUCUAAAAGGAAUGAUAAAAUAAACAAUCAAAAUAGA